AUGAAUUCUUCUUUAAAUAAUGAAAAUGAAAACAAUUAUUUUGUAAUAUCUUUUUUUGAAUCUCUUUCAAAUUUUAUAAAAAAUGUAAAAAUUGAAAUAAAAGACACAUUUGAAUUACUAAAUUACCCUUGUGUUUAUCAAAAUUGUAAAAAAAAAUUUAGUGUUAAUGAAAACGAAGAUUUCAAAAAUUCUUUGACAACAAAUGUUAUCAGUAAAGUAGAUAAAAAAAAUAUAGAAAAUUUUAGAGCAUAUAAAAAAGAAUUACAUAAUAUGUUACAAGAUGUUAAAAUAUUUAAUGAAAAAUAUAAAAUGGACAUGCCACUAAUGUUCAUUGUAGAAAACUUAGUUACAUUGCAUUUAAUCAACGAAUAUAAAAUAAACAAUAUAGUUAAAAAAAUUCAAGAACACAAUAUUAUAAUGCCAGAAUUAAAUAGUGAUUUGCCUGAUUAUUUAAUACACACUAUAGAGGUAGACGAUAAUGAUAAUCCUAGUGAAUUAAUUCCUAAAAUAAGAGAAACUAAUAGUUUAUCAAUUCAUAACCAUAUGAUUAAACAACUUCUAGAAAAUUCAGAAAUUAAGAUAAAUUUUUCUAAACUGAAUGAAAUUAAUGACGAAAAUUUUUUUAAUACAAAUAGAUUAAAAUAUAUUUCAAAUUGUAAUGUUAAAUCAAAUGAUCUCUUAUCAUAUAAAAAAGAAGAAGAUAAUAAGAUUCCACAUAAAAAAGAAGAGAAGAAUAAUAUUAUAGAAAACAUUGGAUUAUCUGAAGAAACAUUAAAACUGUUAAACUUGUUACCUAAAAAAAGAAAAACAGAUAAUGAUUAA